AUGGAGCGACUUGUGGAGCAGCACCGCCAGCUUCUGGAGCAGCAGCAGCAGCUGGAAGAGAAGCUGGAAAAGUCGGGCGUGUUGCAGGAUGUCUUCCUGCAAGUGCUGGACUACUCAGAGGAGGUUAUCAGCACUGCGCCCAGCAGAGUGGGCUUCAAGCAGCAGCUGGUAGACACGUACAGCGAGCAGCGCACCGGCGCAGCCGGCGAUGCCAUCUUGUGCAUGGUCACCAACCAGUACCUCCCCGAGAGGUUCGUCAUCGGCACACACCUCUGGAAGCGGGCCUGGCACAAGUGA